AUGGUCUCCUUCAAGAAGAACUUGGUCUUGUCUGCUGUCGCGGUGCUACUGAUCGCUGUUGCUGUCAACGCUGAAAGUUACCAGAGCAAGCGUACAUUGCGACAGGCGGCUGUCGAGGUCGCGGAGGUAGAGGAAGCCGAUGACUCGGAGUGCGGGUCUCUGGAAAUGGCAGAAGAGGAGAACACCGGAGGUUCCACCAACACUUGGAACCAAGGAGGCAACACCAUGCAAGGCUCGGGCGGCAACACCUGGAACCAAGGUGGCGAGGCCAAUACACACAAUCAAGGUGGCGAGACGAACACGUACAAUCAAGGUGGCGAGACCAACAUGUACAACCAGGGAGGCGAGACCAACACGUACAACCAAGGUGGGGAAACCAACAUGAACAACCAAGGCGGUGGGACCAACAUGAACAACCAAAACGGUGAAACCAACACCAACCAAGGCGAGACUAACACGUGGGGUAUGACGAACGCCGGGACGAUGGACACGUCCCAGUUCACCCAGGGUGAAAUUGGAGGCGAGGGGGAUAACCAAAAGUUCACCAGUGGUACUCCCCAGUCCCAGUCGAACAUCAACUUCAACUCAAUCCAGAACACGAACAACGCCGGCACUGUGUCUCCGCAUUAG